AUGUCCUUCUUCCCCACCACCCUCCCCGCCCUCCCCCUGCGCGAAGCAAUCAUCGACCCCCUCUACCGCGCCGUCCUCUCCUUCGACGACGCCGACCUCCCCCUCUUCGAGUCGGCCUUCUUCGAGGACGCGGUCUUCGACUUCGACGGCCGCGUGAUGGAGGGCCGCGCGGCCAUCAAGUCCGGCAGCUGGGACCCUGUUUCCCAGCUGGACACCACCCACUUUUUGAGCAAUGUGCGCAUCAACCUGCCCGCGGAGGAUAGUACCACCGCGACUGUGACCGCCUCGGCGUUGGCGCAGCAUUUCCGCGCGGGCCAGGGGAAUCAGCCUGAUACUUCGCGGUUGACGAGUGGGGCGCUGUAUUCGGUUGAUGUGGCGAGGGAUCUUUCGGAGGGAAGCGGGUGGUGGAGGAUUAAGCGGUGGAGGAUGAAGUUGGUGUGGACGGAGGGGGAUUGGGGGGUUAUGACGGGGAACUAA